AGCCCUAACACGUGACACAACCUUCGCCAAUAUGGAUAUCUCCUCUUCACAAAUUCUCCUCCUCGCUUGCUUUCUCUUGCCAUUUCUCCUCCUCUUCGCCUCCGCCAAAUCCCGGCGGAGAUCCGCCGCACUUCCACCAGGUCCUCCUCGUUUUCCGGUCAUCGGAAACAUUCUGGACGUCGGGAAAAAUCCACACCAUUCUCUCGCUGACCUCUCCAAAACUUAUGGACCCGUGAUGAGUCUUAAGCUCGGGAAUUUAACCACAGUGGUCGUGAGCUCACCGGAAGCAGCAAAAGAGGUGCUUCAGGUCCAUGACCAGGUCUUGUCGGGUCGAACCCCCAGCGACCCGGUUCGAGCCAUCGGUCACCACGACGUUUCCGUUGUCUGGUUACCGGCUUCGGCUCAUUGGAGGCAGCUGAGGAAAAUAUUGGCGACGCAGCUUUUCUCGCCGCAGCGCCUUGAAGCGACAAAGCCCCUACGGAUGAACAAGCUGCGGGAACUUCUCGGCUUCCUCGGCGAAAGCUGCAGCAGAGGAGAAGCUGUAGACAUUGCUCGCUCGACCUUCGUCACUUCCCUUAACAUCAUCUCUAACAUAUUGUUCUCCGUUGAUUUCGCUGGUUACGACUCGAAAAUAUCUUACGAGUACCAAGAUGCUGCUGUCCGUAUCAUGGAAGUUGCCGGGAAGCCCAACAUCGCGGAUUUUUUCCCGUUUCUAGGGUUUCUUGAUCUGCAAGGUAGCCGUAAAGAGAUCAAAGCAUGUACAGAGCGUCUCUUUAGGGUUUUCCAGGGGUUUAUCGACGCUCGGAUCGCCAAAAGAUUGACUCAUGCAGGACGUAAAGACGGUUCGAGCGUUGAUCUGCUGGAUUCUCUUCUCGAUCUUGCCCAAGGAGAUAAAUCGGAACUCGGCCUGAAAGAUGUCAAACACUUCCUCCUCGACAUGUUUUUAGCGGGUACGGACACGAGCUCUAGUACGGUGGAGUGGGCAAUGGUGGAAUUACUCCGGAACCCGAAAGUGAUGGCAAAGGCUCAGGAGGAGAUCAGACGAAUGAUUGGAGAACACGAAAUCGUUCAAGAAUCGGACAUAGCAAAGCUUCCGUACUUGCAAGCAGUGGUGAAAGAGACUUUCCGCUUGCACCCGCCGGCCCCUCUUCUCAUCCCUCGCAAAGCAGAGUCCGACGUUCAAAUUCUCGGUUUCCUCGUGCCUAAGAACGCUCAAGUUUUGAUUAAUGUGUGGGCGAUAGGAAGAGAUCCGAACGUGUGGGAGAAUCCGAUGAAGUUCGAGCCGGAGAGGUUCUUGGAGAGAGAAACGGACAUGAAGGGCAAGGAUUUCGAGCUGACGCCGUUCGGAGCCGGACGAAGGAUAUGUCCGGGGAUGCCUCUUGCUCUUAAGACAGUGCCUCUGGUGCUUGCUUCUCUCCUCCAUUCCUUCGACUGGAAACUCCAAAACGGCGUCGUCUCGGACCACUUGGACAUGGACGAGGCCUUCGGCGUUACUUUGCAUAAGGCCAACCCGCUCUAUGCCGUUCCCGUCAAGAAACGUGACGUUUCUCAGAUCUGACCGUACACGUUUUGUUCCAUGUAUAAUCUCCAUGACACACACGAAUAAAAUAGGUUUCAGAUUAUUUGUUGUAUGAUUGUACUAAUUUGUCAUUAAAUUCUCAGUUGUGUUGGGUAUAAUAAUAAACGUCAAAAGCAUUGGAUAA